CAUUUUUGACUCGAUAUUUAAAAAAAAGAUAUACUUGUGAAUGAUGAAGAAAUUCUUACUUCUAUUGAGUAUACUUCUUUUCUUGGAACUUAUACUGUGCUGUGAAGAAGACAAGGCUAUUCCAGGUUUAAGAACAUUCAAGGGAAAGAAGAGUGCUUUUCAAAGCAAUUCAAGAAACUUUAAGAAACAAGAUGAAAAUGUGUUAUGUCUUCACAACAAUAAAACCAUGCAGUACUUGAAGAGUAAGCUGAGCACUCAGAUAAUUCCUGCUGUAUACAUUAUACUUGUAAUAAUAGGAAUUCCUUCAAACAUGGCUGUUUUAUGGAAGUGUCUCUCGACUAUCAGGAAAUUCUCCACUGCUACACUCUACGUCAGCUUGGCUAUUUCAGAUCUUUUGUUUCUUGUCAUGUUGACGUUUAAGAUAUACUACCACCUCAAUAUUAACAACUGGACUUUAGGGGAAUGGAUGUGCAAACUGGUUACUGCAUGUUUCUAUGGAAAUACAUACUGCUCUAUUCUCAACCUGAUGUGCAUAAGCAUAAAUCGAUAUGUAGCCAUUGUUCAUCCUUUCACUUACAAAAGCUUAAAAAAAAAAGCAUGUGUGACCUGCAGCUGUCUCCUUGUCUGGAUUACAUUUUUUGCUGCCAUGAUACCUAUUUUUUAUAUGAAACAAAGUUAUUUUAUUAAACAGUUAGAGAUCUCAACAUGUCAUGAUGUCCUACCACACGACAAGGGCGAUUUGCUAAAGCUACUCUACUUUGUGUUACUUCCUGUUGGGGGAUUCUUUAUACCACUCUGUGUUACAACAUUUUGCUACAUUUCACUUAUCCGAGAGCUGAGCAAAUCUGAUGAAAAAUGGUUUCAGUAUGUCAAAACUAUGACUUUAGUAUUCAUAAUUUUUCUCAUCUGCUUUACACCUAGUAAUAUCAUUCUUGUUUCACAUUAUAUACAACUGUACAAAACUGAGAAUGAGGACUUCUAUGUAUUUUAUAAUGUUGCUGCAUGUCUCUGCUGCAUUCACAGCUGUCUGGACCCCUUUCUUUAUUACUUCAUGCCCAAAUCCUCUCAUUCUAAUGUAUACAGAACACUUUUCAAAGGAGCAACUCCCAGUGUUACUACAUAAAGUAACUGCGGACUACAACAAAGAUAUUAUUAUGAAACAAGGGAACCUGUAAGACAAAGAAUACAUGGUUUAUCCUUUGGAAAGGAAUGUAUUGCCAAGAAUGCACUGAAUAUUGCACUGACAGAACAAUAUCCUGUUACAGAGAUGAACUAUUGUAAAGUAGACACUAAAUGCAGUACUACAGAAUUUAUUUUUACAGGAUCAUUUUUUUUUACAUUUAUUUUAUAUUAUCUAAUGGUGAUAAUGUUAAAGACUUUGUUAGGCUUAAAUAUGUAUAGUUUAUAUAUUAUAAUAUAUAUUUUGCAGAAUAUUUAGGUAAAGCAUGAGAAAUACUUUAUACUGAUCUACUACAUUUGACAGACUAGCCAGCAAAGCAUGUUUUCCAAUAAUGAUACAACAAAAUAAAACUUACCCUGUGAUUAAAGUAUAAAUGCAGAAUAUUAAGGAGAUUAAUCAUUACUAUCACAAUAUUCAUGUACAACCCUGUGUGUUUAAUGACAAGAUGUGUGUUUGGUGAAUAAAUAGAAGUACAGGUACAGGACAAGCUUAAUCUAGAUUAUCUCACUAACACAGUUAAAGGUUUUCCUUAUUUCCUCUCUUUUUCUUUGCCUAUCUACUUUAAUUAAUUCAAGGAAUUCUGUGCCACAUGCUUUAAAUAUGCCAGUUAAUUGACAUGUGUAACUGAGAAUUAACUGUUAAAAUUAUGGAUGCUCAGUA